AGGUCCUCCUCCAUGAAACUACUACAUCGCAGAAAUUUCAGGAUGUUUGGUCUGUUUCUGGUAACAGUAAUGCUACUCUUUCAUUCUUCUUCCUCGACAAUCAGUCAGAAAGAUUGCACUAUUAAUCGCAGUAAAACUAAUAUACUACUAGUAGUAGCUGAUGAUUUGGGAUGGGCUGAUAUAGGCUUCAGCCACAAGCCUGAUGGGUUUGUGUCUGACAAAGGAAUACCCGAAACUCCACACUUGGAUAGAACUGCUGAAGAAGGUUUAGUUCUAGACAAUCUGUAUACUCAAGCAGCAUGUACUCCAACAAGGGGAUCAUUAAUGACAGGAAAAUAUGCUUUUAGGCUCGGACAGCUGUUUACUUCUUCCGUUAUGACAACAGCGGACAAAAAGGGUCCGUCUGACAGGUUCCUUUCAGAGGAAUUAUCAGAAAGUGGCUAUAGAGUCCAUGGUGUUGGUAAGUGGCAUCUUGGCCAUCAAAAAGGUAACCUACCUACACAAAAAGGCUUUGAUUCUUUUUAUGGAAUUUAUUCUGGUAUGGGAUCAUACUACAUUCAUAAGGGAGUGGGACACUCUUAUAAAAAUGGAGUAUGGCUUCAUAACCAGGAAGAUCAUGAUUUUCAUUAUGACUACAGGAAUGGGUCUGAGUCUGUGUUCACUGAAACUGAGGAUGAUAAGGGUGUUCACUCUACUGACUUGUUCACUAAAGCAGCAGUCAGUAGAAUAAAGGAGCACAAUAAAACAUCACCUUUGUUUCUGUAUGUUGCAUACACUGCCCCUCAUUCACCUCUAGAACCUGAUGAAUCUAUUGUUGCUAAGAGAAACAACCACAUCAUUGAUGUGGAGAGAAGGCGCUAUGCUGCCAUGGUAACACAGAUGGAUGAUGGAUUCGGAGAGAUCCUUUCUGCACUUGAGGAAAGAAGUAUGAAGGAGAACACAGUGAUAAUAUUUGUAAGUGAUCACGGUGCAGCACUAGUUAAAUCCUGUUGGGACUAUGUUGGUGGGAGUAAUAAACCAUAUCGUGAUGGUAAAUUUACGUUUUUUGAAGGUGGAAUAAAGAGUGCUGCGUUCAUCUGGGCACCGUGGCUUAAUGAUGGUGUAAAGGGUACUCACAGCAAAGCUCUUGCUCAUGUUGUUGAUAUCCAUUUCCUGGUGUUAUCCUUGGCAGGAAUGACAGAAACUAUCUCGGGCAUGUUUCAAAUUACUGAAGGAGGAUUCAAAAAAGAUGGUGGAAACUCCUUGCUCAGAUCUCUUCAUGGUGAUCAUUCUGGCAGAGAUACAAUCCUGCACAAUCUGGUUGUCAACAAACUACCAGAAGAUAAGCUUGUAAAGUACUGCAGUCCCACCACCGCACAGCCUGCCCAAUAUGGUGUUAUCAGACACCACCACUACAAACUGUUUUAUGGUGAUUUACAAAGUUGGUGUCACUCUCACCUCCUGACAGAACCCUGUCCUGACCUGGUGUUUGUGAGGGGGAGGGCUGCAAUGUUGUUUGACUUAGAGAUAGAUCCGUAUGAGAGGGUGAAUAUAGCAGCAAGUAAUAUUGAUGUAGUGGAGAAGUUAGCUGCUAUGAUAUUGAAAUAUUCUAAAGAUGCCCCCUCUCAGUGGGUCGUAUAGGUGUUCCACUAGAUGAUAUCAGCACACUAAAGCAACAGAGGAGAUAACAACCAAACAAGAGAGGAGAUAAGAAUGGUGUGUUGGUUAAUAUUGCUGGUAAUAAUGAAUGUAGCAGUAAUGGAACCACAAGAGGAAUACUGUAGGAUAACAGCACCUAAUAUACUACUAGUUAUAGCUGAUGAUUUGGGAUGGGCUGAUAUUGGCUUCAGCCACAAGCCUGAUGGGUUUGUGUCUGACAAAGGAAUACCCGAAACUCCACACUUGGAUAGAACUGCUGAAGAAGGUUUAGUUCUAGACAAUCUGUAUACUCAAGCAGCAUGUACUCCAACAAGGGGAUCAUUAAUGACAGGAAAAUAUGCUUUUAGGCUCGGACAACUGUUUACUUCUUCUGUCAUGGGACCGCAAGAGAAGGAGAGCUCUUCUCACAAGUUUCUAUCCAAGGAGCUUGCCGAAAGAGGGUACAAAGUACACGGGGUUGGUAAAUGGCACCUGGGACACAGGGAAAAGAGAUAUCGUCCCACUGAAAGAGGAUUUGAUAGUUUCUACGGUCUGUACAAAGGAAUGGGGACUCACUACACUCACCACCACGUCUCCCACCCCUGGCUAGGUGAAACGUGGGGACGGCACUUUGGAGAUCAUGAUUUUCAUUAUGACUACAGGAACGGGUCUGAGUCUGUGUUGACUGAGACUGAGGAUGAUGAGGGAGUUCACUCUACUGAAUUGUUUACUAAAGCAGCAGUCAGUAGAAUAAAGGAGCACGAUAAAACAUCACCUUUGUUUCUGUAUGUUGCAUACACUGCCCCUCAUUCGCCCCUAGAACCAGAUGAAUCUAUUGUUGCUAAGAGAAACAACCACAUCAUCGAUGUGGAGAGAAGGCGCUAUGCUGCCAUGGUAACACAGAUGGAUGAUGGAUUCGGAGAGAUCCUUUCUGCACUUGAGGAAAGAAGUAUGAAGGAGAACACAGUGAUAAUAUUUGUAAGUGAUCACGGUGCAGCACUAGUUAAAUCCUGUUGGGAUUAUGUUGGUGGGAGUAAUAAACCAUAUCGUGAUGGUAAAUUUACGUUCUUUGAAGGUGGAAUAAAGAGUGCUGCGUUCAUCUGGGCCCCGUGGCUUAAUGAUGGUGUAAAGGGUACUCACAGCAAAGCUCUUGCUCAUGUUGUUGAUAUCCAUUCCCUGGUCUUAUCACUGUCAGGUUGCAUGACUAACUUAGUUGAUAACAAAAUAAACAAUGAAGAUGGAAGCAUGUCCCUGAUACGUGCUCUUAAAGGAGAUCAUAGUGGCAGAGAUACGAUCCUGCACAACCUUGUCUCCACCCCCCUCCCACUAAACAAGUUAACAAAGUACUGCAGUCCCACUACCCCUCAACCCGGUAACUAUGGUGUUAUCAGAUAUCACAACUACAAGCUCUUCUACGGAGACCUGGUGAUGUGGUGUCACUCUGACCUCCUGACAGAACCCUGUCCUGACCUGGUGUUUGUGAGUGGGAGGGCUGCAAUGUUGUUUGACUUAGAGAUAGACCCGUAUGAGAGGGUGAAUAUAGCAGCAAGUAAUAUUGAUGUAGUGGAGAAGUUAGCUGCUAUGAUAUUGGAAUAUUCUAAAGAUGCCCCCUCUCAGUGGGUUGUGUAAGGUUUCAAGCUGGUCAGGUUGAUUAAUAGUUAGUUUUAUUAACACAAUUCUUGUUGUUAUUAUCCAGUGUUAAACUAGUGUGUUGCAGGAUGGAACUGCAGGAUGAAACUGCAGGAUGGCUAUGUAGUUCAGUGCGGCCUCUGCAAAUGUUCAUGUAUAUUAUUAAAGUGAUGACAAACUUUUCAUCGCCUUUUAUUUUCCUUCAACUCACGUUUACCACUCAUAGUAAAAAUCAUUAUAUUAAGUUUCUGUGUUCUUGUUUGAGAUAUAAUUAAACGCUGUAAAUAACUCUUAACUUGCGGACAAUGAGAAGGUUUAACAACCUAAUUAACUUAAUUAACCUAUUAACAGAGGUGCAAUGUACAGGGUGUCAGAUUCAUACACGGUGUUCUGUGUCAGAACUUCGUCUGCGGUUAUUGUAAAGUUUUAUAAUUUAUAUCUGUAUCCAACACUUUUUAUAUAUUAUAUCAAUUUCGUCGUUUCUUAUCAGGCUUAUCAGUUGUUUUCCUUAGAUUCGGGGCUUGAUUGGAAAUUGGUUUUUAUCAUGUUCUCUGAUUUAUAGCAACUCAUUUGUUGCUGUUUCUGUUUACAAAAUCUGUCACAAAUGCCUCUUUUCACGGUUUAUAUACCAGUUUAUAUAUUAUCUUACGCUAUCAUUCGCUAUAUAUUACAUUUUGUAAAUAGAUUAAAUAUUUGACCUCGGGAAAUUAAGAGUUCCACCCGCCUUACAACCCCUCCUAAUGUAG